GGUCAAGGUCGUAUGUCAAAACAGCGGUCAUGGCUGCAGAUACGGCGAAAGUUGUCGUGCCUCAGAUAGAAAACUUGUUUUCCAGCGAUGGGUAUCUGAGAGAUUUUGAAAAGGAAAUACGACGAAGAUAUGGCUGUUUCAAGGACAUAGUGAAUCGGAUAGAUGAAAAUGAAGAUUCUCUGGAGAAAUUCUCACGGGCAUAUCAGAAUUAUGGCAUUCACCGAAGGGAAGAUAACUCCAUCAUUAUGCUUGAAUGGGCUCCAGCAGCAGAGGCGAUUUAUCUACGCGGAGACUUCAAUGACUGGAAGAUUGAGGAGAAAUUCUCCUUCAAGAAGUUGGACUUUGGCAAAUGGGAGCUGCAGAUUCCUCCCAACCCGGACGGAUCCUGUCCCAUCAAACACCUCUCCAGACUGAAGUUGGGCAUUAGGACUAAGACUGGUGAAGUUGUGGACAGAAUCUGCCCGUGGGCGACGCGGGUUGACCGACCAAAGGACGUGGCCAUCUACGAACAUGUGUUCUGGGACCCCCCUGAGUCUGAGAUUUAUGUACCAAAACAUCCUCGACCGUUCAAACCAGACCGUCUCCGUAUCUAUGAGUCACAUGUCGGAAUUGCAUCAUGGGAAGGCAAAGUGGCGACAUACAAGGAAUUUUCACAGAAUGUCAUCCCAAGAAUCGCUGACUUAGGUUACAACGCUAUCCAGCUGAUGGCGGUCAUGGAGCAUGCCUACUAUGCAAGUUUCGGCUACCAAGUCACAAGCUUCUUUGCCGCCUCGAGUCGGUAUGGGUCUCCGGAAGAUCUGAAGGAGCUGGUUGAUGUCGCCCACUCCCGCGGCAUUGUGGUAUUGCUCGACGUCGUACACAGCCAUGCUUCAAAGAAUGUUGUAGAUGGAUUGAAUCAGUUUGAUGGCUCUAAUUCAUGCUACUUCCACGAUGGUGGCCGUGGCACUCAUGAUCUCUGGGACUCGAGGCUCUUCAACUACACAGAGUGGGAGGUUCUACGAUUCUUACUGUCUAAUCUAAGGUGGUGGAUUGAGAAGUACGGUUUCGAUGGGUUCCGAUUUGAUGGUGUCACGUCCAUGUUGUACCACACGCAUGGGAUGGGGCAUGGAUUUAGUGGCCAUUACACCGAGUAUUUUGGUUUGAACACGGACACAGAGUCCCUCGUGUACCUGAUGCUGGCCAACUAUAUGUUACAUUCUCUCUACCCAUUCAUCAUAACAGUAGCUGAGGAAGUGUCGGGGAUGCCAGCCCUAUGCCGUCCAGUGGAGGAGGGGGGAAGGGGAUUUGACUACCGACUGGCCAUGGCUCUUCCAGACAUGUGGAUUAAGUGUUUGAAAGAAAGCAGUGAUGAAAAUUGGAACUUGGGCGAUAUAUCGCAUACACUGGUGAACCGGCGUUACGGGGAGAAGUGCAUCGCGUACGCAGAGAGUCAUGACCAGGCGCUGGUGGGGGACAAGUCCCUGGCAUUCUGGCUGAUGGACAAAGAGAUGUAUACACACAUGUCAACGAUUUCAGAGCCGAGCGGUAUCAUUGACAGGGGAAUAGCAUUACACAAGAUGAUACGACUUAUCUCAAUUGGACUGGGUGGAGAAGGGUAUUUGAAUUUCAUAGGUAACGAGUGGGGUCAUCCAGAGUGGCUGGACUUCCCCCGUAUUGGCAACAACGAGAGCUACCACUACUGCCGUAGGCAGUGGAACCUGGUGGAUGACAAGAAUCUGAAGUAUCAGUUCCUCAACAACUUCGACCGUGACAUGAUCCACCUGGAACAGAAGUAUGGUUGGCUCAGUCAUUCUCAGAACUAUGUAAGCUGCAAGCAUGAAGGUGACAAGGUGAUAGUGUUCGACAGGGCAGAUCGCCUCGUCUUCAUCUUCAACUUCCAUCCUGACAAGAGCUACACGGACUACAAGAUUGGAGUUGGACUUCCAGGAAAAUACAGAAUAGUGCUGGACUCUGAUGCUGAACAGUAUGGUGGCCACAAGCGUCUUGACCACAACAUUGAGUUCUUCACCAAGGACGAACCAUGGAAUGAACGCCCUCAUCACACCUAUGUGUACAUCCCAUCUCGAGUGGCCAUUGUCCUGGCAAAGGUGGACUAGCGUCAAACUGCGUAGUCAAGAGGCGAAUGUGCCUGCACAGGGUGAAGGUCACAUUCAGGUGGCACAUAAUGCUGGCAGAGGCUGACGUAAAGCUGUGUUCCCAGCUAGGACUGUGUAUGUAUUUGUUAUAGUGCAGGGUUUGCAUUUAUUUCCAUGUUACUAUAAGACUUAAGAAAACCUUGUAUUUGUUAAUAUUGCUAAGUACACAGUCGCUGUAAAGGUGGGGCAGUGGGCUAGCCUAGUGGUUAAAGUGUUGGCUUGCCACACCGAACACCUGGGUUCGAUUUUCCACAUGGGCACAAUGUGUAGCCCAUUUCUGGUGUCCUCCAUCGUGAUAUUGCUAAAAGCAGGGUAAAACCCAACCCAACUUACUCACUCACUCACUCACUGUAAAGGGCUUGCAGAGAGUAUCAAGAACCAUGCACAUCAAUGUGUAGAGUUUUACAAGCCACAACACAACUUCCAAUAUUAAUCCACUGCACAAUGCUUCUGUCGGUGCUCUUGAAUGCAAAAUGUAGAAAGCAUUGUGUAUGUCGGCUUAUUUGUCCAAAGUGUUGAAACAACAAAGGUAUUCAUGGGUGAGUUUAUGAAAGAUCGUUUUGUGUUUGACAAGUUCUUAAGAAGUGCUUGAAUAUAGUCUGCCAUGACUUCCAGUUAGGGCAUGGUGAAAAAUAUACACCACUUCAGAUAUACAUAGGUACCUGGCCCUUAUAUUUAUGAAACAGGGCCCCGUUUCACAAAGCUCUCGUAAGCCUAAGAUUUCCUCGUAGCAUUCGUACCUCCUAUGUUACAGUAUAGGAGAUUCGAAUGCUACGAGAAAAGUUAUGAGAUCUUAGGCUUACGAGAGCUUUGUGAAACGAGGCCCAGGGCUGUGAUAUUGACAGCUGGUUGUCUGUGUAUGAAACAUUUGUAGGUGAUCUGAAUAUUCCCUGUGAGUUUCUGGAACAAAUGUCGAACUGUCUGGAGUAUAUUUGACAGUGUUUGUUAUGUAUAAUGAUAUAUAUGAGUUGCAAAGUGUACUGUUGCUUUGUGAAGAAAAUGAAGCUGAAAAGUCA